UGUGACAAGUAUGAUAAUAGCCAAUCGAGACGUUCCUAAUCAAUCACUCUUUAAGCAUUUUGGUGUGUUGAAGGAGGACUUGGUUUCGAAUGUCACUAUGUAUCAGUUAUCUCACAAGGUUUUGAGCAGAGUGCACAAGGGAUUGGCGAAGUCGGAUAAGAUAUUCAAGAACUUUUUAAGUUUGCACACCAGCAGGGAAAUACCAAAUAGUACCAAACACUCUGGCUCUGUACCACUUACUGACAACUUACAGUCCAAGUGGUUGAGAGGAAGACCAACUACAACAACUUUAACUGCCUUAUUUACUUGGGAUCCAAAUGUUUCAGCGUUGGAGAGACAUUUUGUUCAUUCACGUCAAUGGAAUGUCAAGACUUUUGUGUCCAAGCCUAUCACAACUGGUCUUAUGAUUGACAGUUUUCCGAAAAAGCUCGAAGGAACUGCCACUUGGAAAGACUUCAAGCUUCUUCUGAGAUCAUAUUUAAAGUUAAGUAAACACAGGCUUUCGGCCCUGGUUGUGUUCACUGCGCUGGUGGGUUAUUAUAUGGGCGGUCAAGUAGAAUUGCAGAAGCUUCAACCUUUUAAUCUUCUCUUCUUGACUGUGGGCACAAUGUUAUCUGCUGCAAGUGCAAAUGCCUGGAACCAAAUAAAAGAGAUGGAUAAAGAUGCCAAGAUGCAAAGGACAAAGUCACGACCGCUUCCUGCUGGUCUACUUUCGAAACGACACGCCGCAAUAUUUACUAUUCUUACAGGUAUUUCCGGUGUUUGCGCUUUGCUAUUUGGAUUACCAGAUCACGGUGUUGCUGCAGCCUUGGGAGGGUUGAAUAUUAUUCUUUAUGCAAAAGUAUAUACUGCACUGAAAGUUAUUCAUCCCAUCAAUACUUGGAUUGGAGCACUUGUUGGAGCAAUACCACCCUUGAUGGGUUGGUCAGCAGCUCGUCAGGGGAAUAUCGGAGAGUCUGGUUCUCUUUUAUUGGCUGCCUAUUUGUUUCUAUGGCAGAUUCCUCAUUUUCAUUCCUUGGCAGUGAUGUGUUGUAAGGACUAUUGUGCUGGAGGUUAUAAAAUGUUGGCUCAGUUGAAUCCUAGAGCAAAUGCCGUUUGGUCAGUCAUCACUUGUCUUGGUUUAUUAUGUCUAGGACCUCUUGCAGUUCAUUUGAACUUGACAAGUUCGUGGUUUGGAUAUGAGUCUACUGCGUUAGGAUUAUGGAUGCUUCACAGUUGCGCAGAAUUGGUAAAGGACCCUGCCAAUCCAAAAGCAGCACGUCCGUUAUUUAAAGUUAGCAUCGUAUAUCUACCAUUGUUAUUAGGAUUGAUGUGUUUACAUCGUUUGGAGAAACUUCCAUCGAAUAUCCCGUCAGCAAUAGGAAGCGAGGAAAGACUCGAUAAGACUCAAGAAAUGUCAAACAACUUUAAAGUCCCCAGAAGGAGAAUCGUUUAUCAUCCUGCCAGUUAUUAUUAUGCGAGUUUUCCUUUUUUCCCACCUGCUAUUUUACCUCCUGCUAUUGUUUUUGAGGAGGAUGAGACUGGAGAAGGAACAACAUCGAUCAAAUGAUAAAUGAAUGACUCCAAUAAUUAUUUCAAUGACUUCUCCUAUGUGUGACUAUUAUGUUCCGAUCGAUAAUUAGGUUUCAUGUCGAAAGUUGUUUGACUAUUGUGGAAUCCUCUAUAAUGUUGUUGUAGUAAACUGUUGAAAGAAAUU